CUCGGAGGGAUGGGAGCUACUGAUGUAAACAAGCCGCUGUCAGCCUGUAAACUACAUUUCCCAUCAACCCCUGCGCCGCUGGGCUCUUUGUGUUCUUUUGGGUUCUUCUGGGUUCUGUUGGUUUUCGGUUCUGAUGUCUGCACGUCAGCGGAGGGACGUGGUGAAAUAAAAGAAGAAAUAUCGGCAGGUGCUGCUGAUGAAGAUGAAGCUACGCUCCUCCUCCUCCUCCUCCUCCUCCUGGCACCGUAAAUGUUAUUUAUGAAUGCCCGCCGCUCGCGGGCGUGUGCGCGCUGAUUGUUGGUUAUUAUGUUGUAAUAAUUAGCGGACAGCAGACGGUGGUCGCAGCCGAUGUGAAGGUCUGUCCCGGAGGCUGCGGGGUCCGCUCCGUGCGGUUGAAUCCACUGAAUCAUCGUUCUGUGCUUGGUGCUGCGAGCUGCGGCGGGUGGAGGUGAUUCUGUUCUUUAAUAAUACUGUGUCAAUACACCGAGUACCGACGCUGUCUGCCAGCCCGCCGCAGCCGCCGGAGCCGCCUCACUUUGCCACCCUACAAGGUGUGUUGCCAGGACAGUCGUGGACCGAUGAUGCCCUUGUUGUAGUGGGUGGGGAUUUGUAGCCCUGAGGUGGUAAGGGGGAGGAGUCUCAGUCAUUGGCCCCUCCUUCCUCACACAGCCCCCUUACAGACGGACGCCACCCUCCCCUCCCACCACCCCCUCUCGCCUUCCUGGUCUCUCCCUCCCUCCUCUUUACCUCCCUCCCCUUUCCCCCACUGCCACCAUGUGGUGGUGCUGCUGGUGGCGAACCUGAGGAAGAAGACUCUGGAAGGUGACCCUGCUGAGCCAGGGGACUUCUGCCUGUCCCUGCUGGACCCGAACGCCCUGGCAGAGUGCCGGCCCCCAGAUGGCUUGAUGCCCGAGAGCAGCUACUGGCAGCUGUGCCCUCCCUCCAAGUCCGGCCUGCAGGGGGGGUUACUGAGUUCUAGUUUCCCCCCCGGUCCCGUGCCCCUCGUGCCCCCAGAUGCCCACCUGCAGGAAGAGGGCGACCCCCUGGAUGGGGCCCCGUUGCAGCAGCACCGGCCCCUGGCACCUAGCGCAUCAGCGUCCGAACUGUCCCUUUCUGGAGCAGCGGCCCCGCCCGGCUCCGGGCCCCCUCCUCCACCUCCCCCACCCCCCAAACGGCACUGCCGCUCGCUGUCGGUGCCCGAGGACCUGUCACGCUGCCGCUACACGUGGCGGCCCAGUGCCUCGCGGGUCUGGACUCCCGUCAGCCGCCAGCAGUGCCACAGUGGCGCUGGGGGAGGGGUCACGGGUGGAGGGGUGGCAGUGGCUGGGGGUGGUUUAGGGAUGGUGGCGGCAGGUGGAGGAGUCUGUCCUCUCCGUGCUCCCAGCUCCUCCCUGAACUCUUCGCUGCACUCCUCAUCCAGCCCCACCUUCUUCAGCCUGGCGCUGUCGCCGGAUUCCCCGCUGCCCUGGAGCUUCCCCUGGGAUCCCAGUGAGGCGGCUGCAGGGGGCGGAGCCUGCUGCUGCUUCUUUCCCUCCCCCUCUUCCUGCUCUUCUUCGCCCUCCCCCCUACACCCGCCUCCUCCUCAGAGACGUUUCUCCCUCUCUCCAGUGCUGAUCAGAGACUCGGCAGCGUCCACCUUCCUUCCCCCACCUCCGGUGCCGAGUCACGGUGCAGUGCCCCCGCCCGGCGGCACCAUCUUGGCAGGAGUGGGUGUGGGCGCCCCGGUGCCCGCCUCGCCCUCCUCGGCCUGCAGCACACCCUCCUCCCUCCGCCGCAGCCUCCCGCCACAGCUGCCGCGCUGCCACUCGCAGCCCUGCGACCUGCUGCUGCUGAAACCGGGUCUAAAGCGGCGCCGCGACCCUGACCGGCCCUGUGCACGACCCGUCCUCGACUUCACCAAGAUGACUCAGACGCGCAGUAUCGAUCCGCAGUGCCUGGAGCGCGGCGGCGGCAGGCUGGCCUGUGGCGGCGACAUCUGUGUGGGCAUGGAGUCCUUCCUGGGCGACUUCCGUGGCUCCUGCUCGCCGGCCGAGUGCCUGGGCAGGACCAGCAUCGGGCCGCUGAGCGAGAGCGACGAGGAGUGCCAUGAGGACGAUGAGGAAGAGGAAGCCGAGGAGCGCGAGGCAGCGCAGCAGGCGGUCUUUGAGCGGGACUGUACAGAACUGGACCUGAACUUAAUCGAGGAAAACUGAAGUGUCUGUAAAUGAAGCUGUUCUCUGUUUCUGUUCAGUUUUAAGGAUCUGACUGCGCCCCCUUCAUGACCUUUCCACCAAUCAGCAAGGCUCUCAGGAACAACGCCUUUUCCCGACGGAUGAGCUGAUUCACCACGACGGCGAUGAUGUUGCUACUGCCACCUGGACGGGUACGCUCCACGCCAUGACCGCCGCCACGGCGGCCACUUUACCCCUGCGGCAGCGGCCUGAAACGUGUCACCACACUGGGCGUUCGAUGUCAUAAACACCAAAGCGACUCGUUUCCAAGCCACGGGACUGUUUCUGGUUCGGCUACGUUUACUUUCAGCUACGAAAUCCUCUGAUUUUCUUUAAGCAGCUUGUUUCAUCCAAGAUGGAUUUUCAGUUCAGUACAUGAAACAUUUCUGACACCUUCAGGCCUCCAUAUUUAUCCAGUGGUUCCCAAACUGGGAGGCCUGGGCCCUAGGGGGGACACAGAAUUCGACAAGGGACGAAAUAAAACAGAAUUUUCACACUACCAGUAAACUUAGAACCCCCCCUCCCACAAAAAAAAAGAAAGACUGUAUGAUUAAGCAGGUAAAGACCAGGUGGUUAGUGUCUGUGGUGGGUAAUGAGGGACCACAGUGUGUCAUAUGACUAAAUACAGAUGAAACUCAAAAAAUUUGAAUAUUACGCAAAACAUUUUAUUUCAGUAAUUUAGCUUAAAGAGAAACUAAUUCAGACUCCUGACAUGCAGAGUGAGAUGUCUCCAGCAUCUGUUCCUCAUAAUUCUGAUGAUCAUGGCUUCCAGCUGUUAGAAAAUGACAUCAAAUCAAUAACAAAGAAACUUGAUCCAGAACUGUGACCAUGUGAGAGUCUAGUCCUGCAUAUGAACCCAGGUCUUGGUCUAGUCCUGCAUAUGAACCAGGUCUUGGUCUAGUCCUGCAUAUGAACCCAGUUCUUGGUCUAGUCCUGCAUAGGAACCCAGGUCUUGGUCUAGUCCUGCAUAUGAACCCAGGUCUUGGUCUAGUCCUGCAUAUGAACCCAGGUCUUGGCUCCAUAGGUUUUCUACGGGGUCCAGGUCUGGAGAGUCUGUGGCCAGUCCAGUAAUCCUUGGUCCUUGAACCAGGUUCUGGUUCUUGUGGCAGUGUGGGCAAGUGCCAAGUCCUGCUGGAAAAAUAAGUCCACAUCUCCAUAAAGGAAGCAUGAAGAGCUCUAAGACCUCCUGGUAGACGCUGUGUGGACUCUGGACUUAAUAAAGCCUGGUGGACCAGCACCAGAGGACACGGCUCCCACAUCACCACCCACUGUGGAAACUUUAUGCUGCUCUUUAAGAGUCUUGGAUUGUUGUCUCUCCAGUCUUCGUCCAGACUCUGGGACCUGGAUUUCCACAUGAGAUGCAGGAUUUGCUCAUCAGAAAAGACCAGGUCCUGGUUUCUUUAGUCCAGGUGAGACGCUGCUGACGUUGUGUUGUGUUCAGGAGCGGCUGGAC